CUCUCUUCUCCUUCUCUUUUUGUUCCCCUUUGCUACUCUUCAUGUUGACAUAUAUCACAUUAUUUCAUCAUUUCGAGUAUCUUGCUGCUCAAUCUCCUGCUUAAACCUUUCCUUCUUGUCGUAUAUACCCCUCUCAUUUGUUUAUUGAUACCAGCACUCUCUGCCCUUUGAAUCGCAAAUCCCCUGCCUGUUACGUCACCAUAAUCCUCCGUCUGCUCUUUGGCUUACCCAGAGUCAUUUGUUACUUCUCAAUCCUAUCCAUAUGUCCCUGUCAUUCCACUGAUUGAUUGAUACAAUUCAUUUUUGAGAAUGGCAUCCGUCACAUCCUUGGACAAGGAUUUGCGCAAUCUGCGCCUGUCCCGCUAUACCCCGCAGGCUGCUGCUGAAGUCCGUUCCUGGAUCGAAGAAGUACUUGGCGAAAGCCUACCAGCUGGCGACCUCUUAGAUGCUCUAAAAAAUGGAGUCGCGCUUUGCAGGCUCGUCAAUCUUGCGGUUUCCCCCGGAGUCAAGUUCAAGGAAUCAUCGAUGCCUUUUGUACAAAUGGAGAACAUCUCCCACUUCCUCCGCGCCUGUCAAAUGCACCCUCUCAGCCUCCCGCCGCACGAUGUCUUCCUAACUGUCGAUCUUUACGAGGCCAAGGACCCUGCUCAAGUGCUGCAGUGCAUAUCUGCUUUCAGCCGACGAGCAAAUACCCUCCAACCCAGCCGAUUCCCGCGCGCGAUUGGAGUUCAGAACAGGGGAGCAACUUUGAGUCCGUCGGUUACGGGUUCCAGCCAAGGCCCGUACACGCCUACCAAACCCCGGGGACUCGGUAAUGUCAGCGAGACCAACUCCGGUGGAUCAGGCCGUUCGAGCCCCGCAAGGUCUCCUCCCGCUGUAAGUAGUUGGAGUAAGAGAACGGACGAGCAUGUGACACAACCCGCCUGGAACAUCCACCAAUAUGGAUAUAUGGGCGGUGCUAGUCAGGGAAACCAAGGGGUCGCAUUUGGUGCCCGUAGACAGAUCACUACCGCUGGCCCACACGUCCCUAGCCUGGCGGAGAAGGAGAAGCGUAGACGCGAAGAAGAGGAGAGACGUCGUGAACAAGAGGAGGCAGAACACGCACUUCAGCUAGAGCGUGCGGUGGAGGAACAACGGGCUCGAGAAGAGGAAGAGCGUCAAUGGGCAGAAGAGACGGCCCGUGCAAGGGAAAAAGAGCGCAUCCAGGCCGAGGAGGAGCGCAGACGAUGGGAUGAAGAAAAGCGGAGGUGGGAGCAAGAAGAGCAGCAACGGGUGCGAGAGGAAAAGGAAGCGGAAGACCGACUCGACAAGGAGAGGCUGCGCCGACGAGAAGCUAACGACGUUCGUUUGAAUGGCCAAUUCCUCAGUCAGUACCAAGCCACACAAGCUCCAACUACCCGGACACCACCCACCGAAUCGCAAGAGAGCCGGCGUAUUAAGGAGCUGGAGCGGGAAUUGCAACAGGCCAAGGAAAGAGAGCGCGAAUACGAGCGCGAACGUCAAACCUUGAAGGAGAAAGGAAACAAGGCCGACGAACCUCCUCCAGCCAACCGCCCGGUUCCAGUUCCCCCAAAGCCGAGUUACGACCUGUCAUCUCUCGAGCAGGAACGCCGUCUGCUCCGUGGGGAAUGGCAAAAACACCAGGAUGACGCUGAAAUAGAGGCCCCCCCACCUAUUGCCCCGCGACCCCUCCCCGACCCUGCAGCCAUUCACCCACCCAAACCAGAGAACCGGGUCGACCGCUUUUUAUCAUCGAACCCCGCACCUGUGGCUCCCAAGCCUGCCUACCACCAUCCGCAGGACUUCACCUCUACCGCCGAAAUCGAUGCCGAAAACGAUCGCCGCAUUGCAUCACAACAGAAAACCCGGGCUGGCGGGUGGGCAUCCAAAUCCCUCCUGGAGCGAGAGAUGGAGCGCGAACGCGAGCGACAGCGGGAGUGGGAAGAGAGCCAAAAGCAGACCCAGGAGGCUAUCGCAAGAGGUGCCAAAGAUCCUUCCAUGGCGGCUGGACCCGGAGGCGCCUGGGACGUCCAUCAGUACGGCUAUAUGGGCGGCGAUAGCCAAAACAGAGGGGGUCCUGGGUUGGGUGUUGGGGGGGCGAGGCGGCAGAUUAUCGGCCCUCGACCUCCUCCAUAAAGGAGGGGGGAUCUCUAUUGACUGUAUAUCUUAACUGGUUUUUUUCCCCCUUCAUAUACCCGCUGUUACUCAAUUUAUCCAAAUAUGGUGUUAUGUCAGGAUAACAUUGAUGGAAUUCUAAGCUGUGAUUUAUAUACCUUUUUCCCCCUUAGAUGUGCUCCCCCCUGUAAAUGUUAGUAUGGAUGUACUAUCUAUCUUAGUUCUAUCUUAUUAUCCCUUAUAUGCAGCUGGGAAUCUAACUAACAAGAACAAGUAUAAUUCCAAAUACAAGAAAGGGUAUCUAUAGAAACAAUGAAAC